AUGGCUGCUCCCCCUGUAACCGAGCUGGAAGCUGGCUUACAGGCCAUGCUGGCGCUGAAGCCGCCUGGUGUUUCGGGCUCUCGAAUCCAGUCGCUUACGGCGUUGUGUGUUGCAAACGUCCAGUACGAGUCGGUCCUCAUCCAGAAGCUCUUUACCCACUUCAAGAAGACGCCCGGCACACAUAAACUGGGAGUACUCUACGUCGUAGACUCUGUAACAAGGAAAUGGCUGGAUCAGGCGAAGGCCCAGGGACAAGCGCCCAGCGCGUCGGCACCAGACGGGACCUUUGCUGCAGGCGUGCAUAGAGUAACUGUGCUGAUCCCCAUGAUGAUGAACGACAUCAUCUCGUCGGCGCCCGACGACCAAAAGGAGAAGAUUAGGAAACUUGUCGAUAUUUGGGAGAAGGGCCAGACGUUCCCGUCUGAUAUGGUCAACUCCUUCAAGGAGAAGCUGAAUGCCCGACCUACCAACGAAUCAACAACGCCGCCCGGCAGUCCGCCUGCCGAACUGCUCGCCUCGUUUGGUGCAGGUAGCAAGCCCCUGGCAGCAGCAACGGCAGCUCCCGUGCCGUUGCCGACCGCAACAACGGCACUGCCCCCCAACUCGGCUAUCCCCAGCAUCUUGGACAAGCUUGCUAGCAUUGCUCGCCAAAACGCCUCAUCUGCUGCUGGUACUACCCAGAGUAACCCGAGCUUGGCAGCCCCUACUUCGGCUCCAACUUCGGCUCCGGCUCCGGCCGCGGGCUCUAAUACGGUUCCUGCGUCUGUGUUUGGUACCUCUGGUGGUCCGCCUAGUAGUGCCGCCGUGCAGCCUGCCCCGGUUCCCGUACAAGCGCAGCCAGCCAUGCCGUUUUUCCCGCCUUCGUCUCAGCCGGCUGCCCAGUCCGUAAACGUGCCCGCGGCGCUGCCGUUUGCGUACCCUUCUCAGCCUCAAGCGGUUGGUCCCGCCCCAGCUGCCCCGGCUGCUCCGGCUGCUCCGGUUGCCCCGGGUCCCUCUGUUCUUUCCAACGGCACCAGUAACCCGGCUGCUGCUACAACUGUCCAGCUCGUUGCUGCUCUCUUGGCCCAGGGAAUCCCGGCCGACAAGAUUGCUGGUGUAAUCCAGAUGAUGACCCAGGCUGGCGCACUUCCUGCCGCGUCUCAGCCUCAGAUGCCUCAGCCCACCCAGACUGGAUAUGCUGCACCUCCUGUCCCGGUCGCUGGUACUACGCCUACUGGUUCUGCUCCUUGGGAUGCCCCACGGCCCGAUGAUAUGCGUGACCGGAGCGGCUAUCACGAUCGCCCCCGUGGUCGUUCCCGCUCUCGUUCUCCUUCUCGCUGGGACCCUCGCGGCUCUCCGAGGUCACGUUCAGGUUUUGACUAUGGACGCCCUGGUUCACCUAGUCGUGGCCGCCUGGAUGACCGGGACCGGGGCCGCGCGGACUAUCGCCAGCGAUCGCCCCGUGGCCGCCGUGGUGACAGUCCUGGCCGAGAGCCAAUUCCUCAGGAGAAAUGGGUCGAGUAUGACAACACACUGCCCAAUGGCCAUAUCAAGGUGUACAGCCGCACCCUAUUCGUUGGCGGUGUAACUUGCUCCGAACAGGAACUUCGGGACCUCUUCAACCGCUAUGGCAAAGUCCAAACUUGCAUUGUCAACAGAGAGAAACGCCACGCCUUUGUCAAAAUGUAUUACCGCAAAGAUGCCGAGCGAGCCAAGACCGCAAUGGAAGAAGUCCGUAGUCAAGAUUACAACCUUCGGACCCGGUGGGGUGUUGGUUUCGGCCCACGUGACUGCAGCGACUACUCUACUGGCAUCAGCGUGAUCCCUAUCCAUAAACUGACCGAAGCCGACCGCAAGUGGAUGCUGACAGCGCCCUUUGGCGGUUCUGGCGGCCGCCCCAUUGUCAGCGGCAUGUGCGUCGAGGAGCCCGAUAUUGAGAUCGGCGCCGGUGUCUCGUCGAAGGCUAUCAGCCGCCGCAUGCAAACUGACAAGAGCGGGCACCAUGGGCCGAAGUCCACCCGCCGAGAGGAGGAAGCUAACAAUGGCGGUGGCGGCGGUCGCUGGCGUCACCGGGACAAGCACCACAAGGGAGACCGAAACAAUGACAAGAACAAUAACAAUAAUAACAAUAACAACAAUGACGAGCCCAUUGUCGAGAGCCUGCCUGCGGGUGUGACCCUGGGGCCGAACGGUAUCAACUUUGCCCCCAAUUUUCAGUUCAAUGCUCCAGCGAAUAACUGA